AUGUCACAGACCUUCAAGGCCCAGCUGGGCCCUCUGGUAAAGCUCUUGGAAAAGCCGGGCUCGAUUGAAUUCAAAUGGAUCGAUGGGUUCUACACCACCGAGGCACCUCCGACCUUUGGGGAGUAUUUCGGCACAGCACCGCAUUUUCGCUUCUUUCCCUCCGAAUCCAAAGACUUCAAAGACGACCCUAUUUCCAGCAUCCUCAACUGCCCAAAGGGCGUGACCGCGGAGGACACGUUACGAAUGCUACACAACAGCCAUGAAGUAUCCUAUUCGCAGCGGAUCCAGCCAACCAUGGACAUGAUUUUCCGGGUUCUGGAAGAUGAUCCGGAGAUUGAGCAUGCCACCUUUUUCGCUGGCUGGCCGCCCUUCCUCCGCGAUAACAACUCGACCAAGUUUGCCCUCGCCGAUGAAUGCGACGACGUUAUCACUGUGCCCACAUGCCAUGUCGUCGGUUGCAAUGACCCAUACAUUGAUGCGGCUCUGGCGUUGUAUUCGAUGUGCGAUGAAGAUACGGCAACGCUAUUUGACCAUGGAAAGGGACACACAGUGCCACGCGACAUGAAGACGAUGCAAGAGCUGGUGUCGGCUAUCCAGGACACGUGGAGCAAGGCAGAAAAGCGCAUGUCGUGCAGGUAG